AUGAAGUCAAUGAAUAAGCCUAAUUGUCAUGUUUAAUGUUUAAUGCUCUACUCAAUUUCUGUAUUGUGUUGCAUUUCUGCCCAGGUCUUCCAGGGGUCGCUGCUGGGAUCACUAUUACCCUUCACCUGGUGGUACCUGUUCCUGGAUACACGUCAGACACCCUUUGCUGGAUGUCACCAGGAGAGUUGCUGUACUUUGGGUUCCUGGUCCCACUGGGAGUCAUUCUCCUCUUCAACACCAUCAUGUACAUCAUUGUCAUCAGGAGCCUCACAUGUGCCUACAUCUCAAGGGGUAAGUUGCUGAAAAACAAGAGGACGCGGAAACUGCGAGCUGACAUCCUGACACAGCUGAGGAUCUCUGUCACUGUUAUGGUUCUGGUGGGGCUGACUUGGGGCUUCGGAUUCUUCCUCUACAUAGAAGACGCUGGGAUUGUGUUUGCCUACCUGUUCUGUAUCUUCAACUCUCUCCAGGGGUUCUUCAUUUUCAUCUUCCAGUGUGUCAUGCAGAAAGCUGUACGGACAGCAUGCUACAGGUGAAGUAUUGUUUUUGGUCGUGUUAAUUGAUAGU